AGUAGCUGGGGUGAAUCCCAAGUUUUGCCAGCUUGUUCGCCUUCCUGUGCCUUCAACUGACAGUCUGAACCUUAACAUCCCAGGAGCACACUCCAGAAAUUUUACUUUUUCUCUUUCAGUGUCUCCUACACGCCCCAAAAUUUCUCCUCCUCCUGUGCCCUCUCCGCCCCCCUCCUUUGGGGGCCCCGUGACCCUGAAUGUGGGGGGCACGCUCUAUUCCACCACUUUGGAGACCCUGACUCGCUUCCCAGACUCCAUGCUGGGUGCCAUGUUUAGGGCUGGCACUCCCCUGCACCCCAACCUCAACCCUCAGGGAGGCCACUACUUCAUCGACAGGGAUGGCAAGGCCUUCCGGCACAUUCUCAAUUUUCUGCGACUGGGCCGCCUUGACCUGCCCCGGGGAUAUGGGGAAACAGCGCUGCUCAGGGCAGAGGCUGAUUUCUACCAGAUUCAGCCCCUUCUGGAUGCCCUUCGGGAACUGGAAGCCUCUCGGGGGACACCGACACCCACAGCCGCCCUUCUCCAUGCAGAUGUGGACACCAGCCCACGCCUGGUACACUUCUCUGCGCGCAAGGGCCCACACCACUAUGAGCUGAGUUCUGUGCAGGUGAACACCUUCCGAGCCAAUCUCUUCUGCACCGACCCCGAGUGUCUGGGGGCCUUGCGGGCCCGAUUUGGUGUGGCCAAUGAGGACAGAGCAGAGGGAGGCCCACACUUUCGGCUGGAGUGGGCUCCCCACCCCACAGAACUCCCUGAGGCGGAAUAUAGGAGACUGGGGCUGCAGCCACUGUGGAUUGGUGGGCCAGGAGAGAAACGGGAAGUUGUGGGCACGCCAGGCUUUCUGGAGGAGGUACUGAGAGUGGCUCUGGAGCACAAUUUCCGCCUGGACUCAGUCUUCCCUGACCCUGAAGAUCUGCUCAACUCCAGAUCUCUGCGCUUUGUCCGGCACUGAGAACACUGCCUUUAGUUUGAUUCAGGGGCUGGGGGGGGGGGGGGGGCGAGUGAUGGGAAGCAAAAGCAAUAAUAUCUCCCCUGACGCCUCUUCCUAGCUCUGCCCUGGGAGCUGGAAACCGGAGACUCCAUUGCACCAGAUGUGGACAGGAAUCCCCCAACCUGAGCCCACCAGGGGCUCACAAGUGGUCCAAGGGGGUCGGGACUGGUACUAAUCCUAGGAGGACUGCCUUUCCUUGGUUGGCGUUCAGUAGUCGAGGCUCCCCUUUAGGCUUAGAGGAGCCCGGAGAGAUUCUGAGGUUGGAGAAAAAGGGCAUUUGGGCCUCUUGGACUAUGGCUUCUGCCGGAGCUGGGUUACCUGGCCGGGCCUGACCACUGGAAGGUCAAAAUA